UAUGAAUCAUGAGUCAAUGAGGCAUCACAGUCCAGAUCUUUCACUCUUAGUGGGCUAUUAUAAAUCUGGGGGCCACUACAGUAUCUUUAAGCCCUUUCUCUAAUUCUCUACUGUCCUUUUGCUGCCUACGGUUUACCUUCCACUUCAUUCACUCAUAAUCGCACGUCUGUACUAUAUGAUGUCCAUAAAAUGCAGUCAUUCCAUCUUGGCUGCAUGGCUAAAGCUCAACAGGGCAGACCUUCAUGCUGAGUUGACUUUAAUGACUUUUUAAUAGGUCUCUCCGACGCAGUACAACAGCUCCAGUCAUUUUAUUGGAAUGAUGAAUGAUUGAGAGGAGGCUAACAUUAAUUUAAUUUACAGCACAUGCUUCCCAUCUUUAAAAGACCAAGACGGCAUCGCAAGAGGCUAAGAAUGAGAAGGAAGGAGUGCGUUCAUUAUAUCGGAAAAAGGCUGGGGUGAUUUAUGAUAGCGGCAUUGUUGUUUUCCCUUAUCUCUAAUUAGACGCUUUUGUCGUGCUAACUGAUUUCCGUGUCAAAGCAACAAGAUGUGGUUAACAAGACAGGCCGUCUUGUUCCUCAUCAUUCUCAAAAGAGUCACUUGAGUCAAAACGUCCAAUCAUUUUCUGACACCCCACAUGCUUAAUUAGUCUCAGAGUCACCUAGAGGGACUGAGAUGGUUUCCUCCAUGGAUAUAUGUCGCUCAAAGAAGCUAGCAUUCAUUUCUACUCAUAUGUGUGUUGCAGAGGGUUUAAAGCAUGUGUUUGCCCUCAAAGACAAACUUUACAGUGUGCUUAAAACUACAUGCCCUACAGGAAUAAUAAACAUGUUUUGUUUGGCUCUAGUGCCCUCUGCAGGCUGUAUGAUAAAGCAAAUUCACUUAGCCAGAGUUCAGGAAAAAUUUCACCAGGUUCAACUGGCCGUAGGUUGUAUUGUGAGAGUUAAUGUCCAUAUCAAGGGCCUCAAAUGCCCUAGUUUGCUGCCCUACACCUGUCAUUUCACCUCUUACCUGUAAAAUUUUCCCUCUCCCCUCCUUCCUUUCCCUCACUGUAUAAAAAUGGUUCCUGUCACACAAGGCAGUGAGAGUUGUAUUGGUUUUGUAGUCAUGGCAUCUAUUCUCUCUCUCUUAUCUGUUCUGUUUGCUAUAAAGCUCUGCUCAGGUGAGUGGUGCUACCAGAGCCAGUUUUCCUGUGAAGACAAAUGUAAAGGGCCUUCAGAAUGGAAAAAAUAUUUUCCUAAUUGUGGAGGCCAGAGACAAUCGCCCAUCAAUAUUGUCACAAGCAAAGUGAAACCUGACUCAAAAUUGACCAGUUUUAUCUUCGAGGCCCACGAGAACAUUUUCAACAUGAGUGUGGAAAAUCAUGGACAAUCAGCUCACUUUACACUGCCUCAAUCUGUGCGGCUCCGUGGUGGGGGUCUGUCAGGCAUAUACAAGGCUAUCCAGUUCCACCUGCACUGGGGAGAGGACGGCGGCCAGGGCUCAGAGCACUCUGUGGACGGGGAGCGUUAUCCCAUGGAGCUCCAUAUUGUUCACAUUAAAGAAAAGUACAACAAAUUGGAAGAGGCUCUAAAUGACUCUACAGGGGUGGCAGCACUUGCCUUCUUUUUUGAGGUGUCUUCAGAGCAAAAUAAAAAGCUCGACAGAGUUAUAGAGGCUUUAGGAAAAGUCCGACAUGAAGGGAACAGCAGUGAAAUUGAAGACUUUAGACUUACUGACAUCGUCCCUCAAGCCGAUAAACUGAGCUAUUAUCGGUACUCUGGUUCCCUGACCACACCAGGUUGUGACCAGGCUGUUGUGUGGACGGUCUUCCAAAAGGCUCUGCCCAUAAGCAAAAGUCAGCUGACGUCAAUGUAUAAACAGCUGUUAUUCGCAACAGAAAAACCAAUGACUGGAAUAUUCCGUCCUGUGCAGAAUCUGAAUGGACGAGUUGUUUACACAUCUGUGCCAUCUCACAGUCUGUGUGUCCUGCCCAAUCUAAUCACCCUCUUUCUGUGCCUCUUUUGUGUUUUUGGACAACAAAGGUGUUUUCACUGA